AUGGCAGAUGAGGAACAAGCCCCAAGCUCUAGGAAGAGGGUUGCAGGUACCCAAAUCAACAAGGAUAAUCCUGAGCCUGAUGAUGACGGACCAGAGCAAGAGAUGGGUACAUUUAAGAAAGCUACUGAGGAAGUUAUGGCAACCCAGAGAAUUGUAAAGGUUCGGCGCCAGCAGACGUCAUCAGCUCCUUCUUCUAAUCCUUUCUCUGUGCCAGACAAGAAUGCAGGCUCUGGUGUAAAUACCGACUCCGCUGCCACAACUGAAGCACCACCUCAACCUGUUGAAACCAGUGACAAGGAAGAAGACACAAAGGAUGAAUCUGGUGGAGACAAAGUGGUAGUUGGAGAACCCAAAGAAAGUAGCUCCAUGCCAUCUGAAGUUGAGGGCAAAACAAAAGAGGGAGAUGCUGAAGAAAAGGAAAGGGCAGAUGAAGCUGGAAAUAACGAUAAAAUUAGCAAGGAUGAUACUGAGAAGAAAGAUGGAGGUGAAUCAGAGACCAAGGAUGGCUUCUCUGAUGAGCAGAGAGAUGCUGAUAAAAUUAGCAAGGAUGAUACUGAGAAGAAAGAUGGAGGUGAGUCAGAGCAGAAAGAUGCUGAUAACAAAGGGCAUACAUCAUCAGCAACACCCCUUUUCUCGUUUAAGAAUCUGUCAAGUGGUCAAAAUGCUUUCACAGGUCUGACCGGAACUGGAUUUUCAAGCACAUCAUUCUCGUUUGGCUCAGCCUCUAAAGAUGGCUCAAGUUCUGGCCCCCUGUUUGGGCUGAAAGCUGAUGGUUCUUCGUUCCCUUCUUUUAAUCUUGGUACUGCCAACAACGGGAGUUCUGCCACAGCGCUUGCUACUUCAGCAGAGGCACCCAAGAAAUUUGCUAUGACAGAGGGUCCUGUUGAAACUGGUGAAGAAAAUGAGAAGGCUGUAUUUACUGCUGAUUCGGCUUUGUAUGAGUACCUAGAUGGGGGCUGGAAAGAAAGAGGAAAAGGUGAACUGAAGCUGAACGUCCCUGUAUCUGGCGGUGAGAGUGGCGAGAGAGCCCGGCUCGUCAUGAGGACAAAAGGCAACUACCGGCUGGUCCUGAAUGCAAGCCUCUACAUCGACAUGUCACUCAAGGACAUGGACAAGAAAGGCGUGAUAUUUGCCUGCAUGAACAGCAUUGGGGAGUCACCGAGCAGCCUUGCGACAUUUGCUCUGAAGUUCAAGGACACAGCCACCAGGGAGGAAUUCAAGGAUGCGGUGGAGUCUCACAAGACAAGCAAGGCACCGGACGUGCAGCUGAAGACGCCCGAGAACUCUCCGAAGGCAGCAGAAGUCUGA